CUCGCCACUUCCUACCUCCUCUCUCUCUUCGUCUUCCUCCUCCCGUCUCGCGUACACAACGAGAUAACGUGUGAGGUUUCUGGUUCUUCUCUGCCGGUUUCGGGGAGAGUUCAGCUGAGCUAUCGGCCAUGAUGGAGGCGGCCGCAGCGACGAUGCUGGAGGCCGGGGUGGGGCGGUUUCGUGGGCCGAGCCUCGCGGCGCUGCUCGCGGAGAUGUGGGCGCCGCUGGCCGUGGCGCUGGCGGCGCUCGCGACGCUGCCCAGCCUGCUCGGCAGGCUGCAGGUGCUCAUCCUCCGCCUCCGCUCACGCGGGAAGGAGGUCAUAUCCUCGCACAUCUCCACCUACUACUCGUCCGGGGACGACGAGUCCGACUCCGACGGCGAGGACGAUGAUGAGAGCUCCGAUGAGGCGGCCACCAGCUCGUCCGGCGAGGAGGAGGAGGCCGUGAGGAGGAUCGGGUACUUCGAGGGCGCCGCCGACGGCCUCGACGGCUGCUUCCCGUGGGGCGGCGCCGUCGUGCGGACGUGGCAGGACCUGCCGAGGCGAUUCUCCGGCGUCGGGUGCCGGGGAGGAGCCAGGUUCCCGUCCGGAGGGGGUGUGCAGGCGGUGAGGCUGUGGGGCGCCAGCAUGGCGAGCGGGCAGGGGAGUGGCCAGGCGUGGUGGGACGCCGAUGACAGCGGCCGUGGAGCGGUCGCAGAGGCGGCGCCGGUGGUCCUCGGGUGGCGGCGCGAGCACGCAGCGCGGAGGCGGCAUCGGCCCCUCCGUGUCCUGCCCUCCGCCGAGUAAAAAAAAAGUUUGGAACGGGGAGUGGUAGGUGUGGCCGUGUGAAUGUGAAUAUGCUUGGCGGAGAUGCUGAUUCCCGGGCGGCCCCACCUGUCGGUGGGCCGAAUAAGUGGGUGAUUGCUAGGGGUGGUUAGGGGUUACGUACUAUUCAAACUUUGCUUAUCUGGAAAGCAAGACCCGAAGAUCGGCUCCUGCAGUGCAGUUGGGUCGAUCUUCAUUUGUAGCACUAUUCUUUGAGAUGGAAACGCUCGAUUGCGCGUCGAUCGCUCCUUCUGCCGAAAUUUCCAAUGUUGUGGAAAGUUGUUACUGUUGCUCCUUUUCGGUGGAUUAUGUCGAAGUUAAUAAAACCAUGUUGUCCAUUGA